CAUGCUCCGCACGCACGCUGGCUCGGCCGGGGGCAGAAUGGCUGCCGGAGCGGGAGAUUUUGGGUCGGGAGCCCGGCUGGAUCCGGGAGUGCUCAUGGAGCAGGUCAAGGUGCAGAUUGCCGUGGCCAACGCGCAGGAGCUGCUGCAGAGGAUGACAGACAAGUGCUUCCGAAAAUGUAUCGGGAAACCUGGAAGUUCCCUUGAUAACUCUGAGCAGAAAUGUAUUGCUAUGUGCAUGGACCGGUACAUGGAUGCCUGGAACACUGUCUCACGGGCGUACAACUCUCGAUUGCAGAGGGAGCGAGCCAAUAUGUGAGGGGUCAUUGUGGGCUCACAGGGCCCCCAGCACGGACUGAUC